UGUUUCUCAGCUGACUUGAACUGGACAUCCACGAGCAAGAAGAGAGGGGUUUCCUGCAUGAAGCCCCCUCUGCAUAUUGAGACAGAGUGCUGUGGAUGGUUUAUUUUAAAGCUGUUUGCAGCUUUUGGUGACAGCAGUAUUCUUUAUCAUGACAUUAGUUCUGUGGUUUGUGGUUUCAACUAUUCACUGAGAGUGUACUUGCAAACGGAAAUGAUUAAGGUGAAGUCUCUGAUCAGUUCAAAGUGAACGGGGAGACAACGUUGAAGGUUUUGAGCUAAAAGAAAGAGGAAGCAGUAAGUUUAUAAACUGGCAGUCGGAAGGUGUUAAGAUGCUUCAAUUUAUGAUCAAGAAACUCUGAAGCUGAGCUCAAUAUCAUUAUCAGUAUUUGGUGAUGCUGCACAACAGUAGGAAGUCAACACAGAGGCUUUCUGCCUGAUCAACAUAACCCUUCUCAGUGGCUACAUCUGGAGUCCCGCCUAGUUUUGGAGUUUGACUGUCAGCUGCACUGGUCCGAGAGCAGAAUGAAUGUGGAAGUUGACAUCAAAUCUCUCAAAGAUCAAGAAAGGGACAAAGUUCUGGAGGUCCUUCAUCGGGACGAACGGCUGCGAAAAGUGGAAGAAGAACGGAUAAGAAAGCUGAAAUCUGAAUAUCAGGAAAUCCGUCAGAAAGGAGCAAAGAGUUGCAGGCGGGAAUACAGCCGCCGUUCCUGUGCCCGAUGCCAGGUUGCUUUGGGACUCGUGUUUAACAAGGGCGUCGAGUGCAGUAUCUGCAGUCACAGAGUGUGCAGUGAUUGCUGCGUCUAUAGUAACAAAGGAACGUGCAGAUGCGUCGUAUGUCACACUCGAGGGCUGGUGAAGGUGAAAUCUGGAGAGUGGUUUAUCGAGGAAAAGGCAAAGAAAUUUCACCAGGAACAAGGUGAGCACAAAACGAUGAGCGAAAAGCUGUUACAGACCUUACAGACACUAAGCAGUAUCGCCAUUGUACCCCCGACUCCCCCGCCUACAGGAUGUCUACUGGAUAACAAGCACUCGAAAGGAUUCAAUAGGUCGAUGGAGAACUUGUUCUGGUCGCUUACUGACCGUGUCAGACAAAUAUCUAAAUCUCAUGAAGAUGUACCGAAGAACACCCAGCUGCUCUCAGCAAGUUAUGCACCCAAAGUUUGUGAGCUGAAGAAAGAGAGAAGCCUAUCCGACACAGCCUUAACCAGUGCGAGCAAGCUGUCUCCCGCCAUCCUCCAGGGCCUCAGCAAGUUGAGCGACAGAGACCAAGGAAGCUCCCAGGAAGAGUCUGUGCAGCAGAUGGAGCAGGAAAGUAUCAGCAGCAUCUACACAGAUUCAAAGACCACGGACAAGGCUAAUGUUACUGGUGAAAUCGAAUUAUCUAUCCAGUACAACUUUAAGACUUUGGCGCUGGAAAUCCACAUCAAGUCAUGCAAAAACCUAGCCUCUGGAGAUGGGAAGAAGAAAAAGUGUAAUCCGUAUGUGAAGACCUACUUGCUUCCGAACAAAUCUUCCCACAGUAAGUUGAAGAGCUCCGUGAAGAAGAACACGGUGAAUCCAGUUUUUAAUGAAACAUUACGGUACGACAUUGAACGGUGGCAGCUGGAGACGAGGACACUUCAUGUCUCUGUGUGGUACAGUAUGACACUCAAACGGCAAGUGUUUGUGGGACAGGUACACAUUCCCUUUGACAAAUGGCGAUUCGAAGACAACUCGACUCAGGCACACCAGUGGUACCAGCUCCAAGACAAGUGAUAUCAGCGCUGUCCUGAUCCACAGGAGGACACGAGGGGCAAUGGUUCAGAAGCUUUAAUCCAAAUAGUCUGCAAGCGUUUGUAAUGUAUAAUGAAUCAAUUUGUGUACAGCGACUGGAAAUCUAAACCUCUUUAUUGAUGUGCCCAUUUGGGGAAAUGUUUAUGAAAGGAAACUGAAUAAACAA